AAAAUUAACCUUCUCUCUCUCUCCCCAACACACCAUGCCUGCAUCAUCAGCAGCAGCAGCUUUACACACUACGCUGUGCUUCUCUACCCAAAAGCCUACACCUACACCCUCAAAUUCUCAGCAACCAAACGCCCACUUAUCAGCAAAGCCUAAAAGUCCUCUCCACAAGCACCCACUCUAUACGCCUCUUCACACUAACAUCUCUUUCCAAAUCAAAGAAAAAAUCCUAUGCCUUGAAAUCAUGGGUAUUGACUCUGGCAAAGCAUUAUCUCAAAACCCUUCUCUCCAUUCAGCUUCUCUAGAUUCAAUUCAAUCCAUAAUCUCAUUUCUCCAUUCCAAAGGCAUCCUCCAAAAAGACUUAGCUAGAAUCUUCGGCAUGUGCCCUCAAAUCCUCACCUCUAACAUCAAAACUGAACUUAACCCAGUUUUUGAUUUCCUUUACCAUGACCUUGAAGUCCCAGAAAAUAAAUUUAGAAGGGUUAUCAAUAAAUGCCCUAGGUUGCUCAUUUCUAGUGUUAAAGAUCAGCUUAAACCAUGCCUAUUUUAUCUCCAAAGGCUAGGGUUUAAGGAUUUGGAGGCUUUGGCUUAUCAAGAUUCUAUCUUGUUGGUUUCUAAUGUAGAGAAGACUUUGAUUCCUAAAUUGAAGCAUUUGGAGAGUUUAGGGUUUUCAAAAGAUGAGACUGUGGGCAUGGUUUUAAGAUGUCCUGCUUUGUUUACAUUUAGUGUUGAGAAUAAUUUUAAGCCAAAGUUCAGUUUUUUCAUGGAGGAGAUGAAUGGGAAAUUGGAGGAGUUGAAAGCGUUUCCUCAAUAUUUUGCUUUUAGUUUGGAAAAUAGGAUUAAGCCAAGGCAUUUGGAGAUUACUCAACUGGGGACUAAAAUGGCUUUGCCAAUUAUGCUUAAGAGCACUGAUGAACAGUUUAGGGAGUUGCUAAGGCAAGGAGCUGGAUAAGGAAUUAUGGUGUGAUUCAUUUUCCUUUCUCUGUUACUUUCUCAAUUGACAUUUUGGUGUCACUUGUAAAUCUUGGUGAUUUGUCUAAUUUGUAAAGAAUAUUUCCUUAACAGUUUCUCAAUUGGCAGGUUUGGUAAGCCUAAUAAAAUAUAAUGUAAUAAGAUACAUUUCCAAGGUAAAUUUACUUUCUUGAAUUACUUUACGGUA